UUCGUCACCUGCUGGCCUCAGCAGCGUUGAAAAUCCGACAAUGGCUGCUGUAGUGCCGUUUCUCUUCCUGGUAUCGCUCUCUCGUCUCUUCUCGAGCUCCACAGCUUCUCUGCCCACCCGCGAAGAAUACAUCGUCUAUCGCGAGCUCGAAGACCAGCUCCUGACGGGGGAAGACGCCUCCUUCAAGCUCUACCAGCUCUCUGACACCUUCUACCCGAAAGUCGGGCCGCCUCCUAUCUGCGUGCCCAUAACCUACACCCUCACCUGCCCCAACGAGACCAUCAUAGACAACUGCACUAGCGACCCGAUACCCUGCGACGACUCUGACGGAUUCAAGGCAUCGUAUCUCUGGUCUCAGUACGACUUGAGCACGGCCAUCGGGCCGGUCCUCCUCUCCUACGUGUGGAGCGGCAUCAGGCUGGUUGGGUUUGCCUGGGAGGAGUCGUGCAACCUGGACAACGAGUUGGAGUUUGCCCUGGACAUUGCCAACAUCUCCUGCAGGAAUGGGGGGGUGAUAAAGGAGGCGCUCAAGGCACUGACUGCAGUGGCCAAGGCGUACGCCAAGAACCAGGGCCGCGGUGGAUCGCUGGUGGGACACUCCGAGACAAAGGGCUAUGCAGUGGAGUGGGACCAUAGCGACAGAGAGGCCGACAUUUUCCACGCAAGCCGCUACACCCUCGUCCUCAUGGUGGUGGUUCUCAACCUCUUCAUCUUCCUCAUAGCGUCCGCCAUGACCAACUACACCUACGACGCAGUGUACGAGAGCAUUGUGCACAAGAGGAACCCAAACUACCCCAUCUUCUGGUCGUUUGUGGUGCUCACAUUUGUGUGGAACGUGGGGCCAUCGUGGCUCGUGCUCUCCAGGCAAAGCAACCUGGUGACCUAUUCCUUGCCUUUUAUGAUUCCACUGGAGCUACUGGUGGCUAUUCUCAUCAAGAAAAAGUCAGAUUUUCCCGUCCCUCUCCUCUCGUCUCGGGGCUGUUCGAAACACGUCGGCUACUUUUUCAGCUUCGAUAGGACAAUCGUGUUGGCCUGCUCAUACUGUGUGAUAUCGCACGCGGGCCAGACACUGGCCAUAUGGACCAUCCUAGUAUUCCUCACCUUCCUAUCCUACUACCUGGCAGCCAUCAUCAUAGCGUUCUACCUCUACCCGACACAAGUACUCGUGAAAGUGGUCUUCCUCAAGGCGGUCGCCGUGUGCGUUGUUCUAAACGUAGCCCUCCUCUUUUCAAACAGCAAGUUCAAGUGUGGCUGCACGUGGAAGUCUUUCAAGGUCGACUUGGGCUAUUUCGUCAGGGUUCUUGCCAUUGCAGCGUUCCUCCCAGUCUUUGGUUUCCUAGCCUUCAUCGUUGGCGGGAUCCUCUUCACGGGGUCCCAGCAGACCUCGGGUCUACAGAGCGUCCUAACGCUCCUCCCUUCUCUCGUCCUCGUGUUUGCGGCGUGGUUCACAAAGGGUAGUCUCUUCCCGGCUGGGACAGACGAGACGGACUUGGAGUCAGAGGUCAUCAACGAACUG